AUGUCGUCCUUGGCAGUUUUGUUUUUGCUAAAGUUUUCAACGUUUCAUUCCGUUUUAAGCGAAGCUACAUAUGAAUGUGGAGAGCAUGGCAGAUUCGAAUAUUGUAUUGACGAAAUACCUGGCUGCGUUAUCGGCUGCCAUUGUCACCCUGGAUACUAUUUCGACACUGACUCUAAAAUAUGUGAACCGAAUUCUAAAUUAAUAGAACAUCAUAAGCGACUUAAUAUAGGCGAGCUAACGCGAGUACAAGACAUUGCUGCUACCCCAAGCCUAUUGAGUGAAACAGAUUCGACCUUUACGAGUAAGCUUGAUACCCAUGUUGAUGAAAUAAGCAAAGAUGCAAACGAUUUAGGUGACUGGCUUUAUAAUCAAUUUUUCAAAACAAUUGAAAACCAAGUAAUUAAUAAGACCGGUAACAAUGAUAUACCGUCACGGCGAAGUGGAGCGCAAUCACUUAUUACUAAGCCAAAACGGAGAAACAAGUGGAAAAGAGAUCGGAAGAGAAAACAAAAAGGAAGGAAAAAUAUGAAAAAGAAGUUGCUACGUAUAACAGAAGAUGAUAGUAUGUUUGAUAUGAAUUCACAUUCCAGUUCAGAUUCAAGCGACUCCAGCACUAGUGAUUCUUCAUUUGAACAUGAUCGACACAGUAGUGAUGAUGAACAUGGGCACAAAAAAAUCGUAAUGGUUAAUAAAAAACCGAAGCCACAAUUACCUAGCUUCAUUUUCUUGCCAAAUUUAGAUACGCCUUUUUAUCCUCCUAUAGGCCUACCGCCACCACCAGUAGUUCCCAUGUAUCCCAUAGUCCCGGUUCCUCCAGUAAUUCCAAUUGGCGUUGAUUGUACAACUGAGAGCACAAAUACAAAGACAACAACAUCUCCAACCACAAUCUCAGAAGUCACUACCAAAGUUGUUACAGCGAAACCAACUACAGAAAUUCCCCCGAAACAAGAAUCUUCAAAAAAAACUGAAGACCCUACCACACCUAACCCUAAUCGGCAAUUUACAAAUAAGAGAAAGAAGAAAAUAUCAAGAAUCCAAAACAACUAUGAUGAAAAUAAAAUUGGGCUUGGCAGCCCGCAUUCUGGAAACCGCCAAAAAAUAUUAGCACGACUGAAAGAUAGGAUGAAUCAUCGUCCUUCUGCAAAACUUUUGAUGUCACCCUGGGAGAACAAUAACAAAUUAAUGAUGGAUACCUAUAUAAGAAAUAAAAAUAUUAAAAGUCCAGACGUUAAUAAUGCCAUGUACGAUGACUCUAUUUUAGCAAACCAAAUGCAAGCAAAACCAAUGCAGGGAAUGGAACCUCCAGAAAAUGUUGACUUUAAGUAUAUAACAGAAUUGAUACAUAGGGUAGAUCUGAAGAAUAAAUCAAAUUAUUUACCACCAAUAGAAUAUAAUCCUCUCGACAGUCAAGAAGUAUAUAAGCCACAAAGGAUCCAACAACACACACUUUCUGACUAUGUUGUACCUCCUAAUACUCCUGAUGGUCGGCGAUACCUUCGUCCAAGUAACCAACAGUCAAACGAUGAUUUAUAUUAUACAAAACUCGGCAGAGAUAUAGCAUCUAUGAUACGCGGUAUCGAUGCACAAAACAGACAUGUAAAUAUUCAAUUAGAAGCAACGCGUAACACUCCACAAAGUGAUCUAUAUUUUAAUGAAAAUUCACCUCGAUCGUAUUGGGAACGGUCUGUACGAUCUCCUUUAAGACUCUUAGAGACAAAUAAAAACAAAUUUGAGUAUUUGAAAAGCAGUAAUGAAAUACUUUUUGAUAUUGAAAACAAGGUAGAAAUCGUCGCUUCUACUGUACCGACAAUGAGUUUACAGGAAAUUGAAAAUAUCGUCAGCGUCAUAGAAGCAGCAAGAAAGAAUAUAAAGAAAAAAGAAACUAGUAUUAGAAAUCUCAUACCAAACACAAACAAUUUAAACAUUAAUUUGUGGCCACAAGGGAAGUUAAGUAACAACAAUGUGCCGUCUCCCAAUCAACAAAAUCAUGAAACUAACAAAAACAAAAUAGUAAAGCAAAAGAAUGAUAUACCGCCAGGAACACAUGGCAUUCAGAUGCAUAACAUUCACAGAUUCGUGGCUUGGCAAAAACCUUCUAAGGAUAUGACACAUAAAAAUCAGUUUUCCAACACGAACGUUAAAAUAAAACCUGAUGCAACAUCACCUUUACAUUUACAAAAAAAUUAUAAUAGAAACUCACCAUAUGAAACUAAACAGGUAAAACUUAUUCCUCAUCCAAAUAAUAAUUCAAGACAAUCGUUGUUAGGAUAUGACAUGAAUUCUUUAUUUUUGAAACACAGAAAAUAUUUUAACGACGACGACGACAAUUUUUACAUAAAUCAACCAUCUUUGUACUCCAAAGGCACUCAGCCUUCAUAUUUUCACCAAGAAAUAAAUCAUUUUGAUUACUUUAAA